AUGGUUCACAGUAAACAGCCAAUUACCUGGAGAAUUGUGGUCAUUGACAUGCCUACCGCUGGAACGAACCAUGGUUCUGGUCUCGAGGGGCAAGAGGUUGCAGUCGUGUCGGGUGUCUCGGAUUCACCCAAGACGAGGCCGAACGGUCUGCGGGAGUGGUGCGAAUCGGCCGAGCACGUCCCACGACCAGCUGCUCCUUGGACUCACGAUCUCACAGAACCAAUGUGUUCAACUGACCACUGCGGGCAUUUGCAGGAGCGUCAAAGAGGGCACUGCCCAGGAUUUGCAUGCUUCAGAGGCUGUGUUGCGCUUGCUGUGAUAAAAUUAAACAUGGCAAUCGUCAUGGCGGCGCGGCUGUGA